CUUUUGUUUCUAUUUUCUGUCCUUCUUGCCAUCUCAGAAGUGACGCUUGAGGAGUCUAUAAAGCUCUGUGGACUAGAGUACAUAAAAGCAGUCAUCUAUACCUGUGCUGGCCCCAGGUAGAGAAGGCACCCGGAAGGAAUCCCUCAAAGUCAAGAAGAAACUACUUCUAACUUCCAGAUAAGCACGAAUGAAGUUUGGGAGGAAAGCCUGGCGCAACACUUUCCGCAGGUGGAUUCCUCAGGAGAGAAGAGACUUAGGAUGAACAGCUGGCCAAGGGCUUUGGGGCUCGAAGCUUUGGGGCUCUUGUCAGGACAAGACUUACAGACAUUGUGUUGCACUGAUGGCUGUUCCGUGACUGAUUUGCCCGCUCUUUGUUAAGACAAGAGCAGAUGCCCGAUGAAGGUAGAGCUUUGAGCAUGCGCUUAAUCACGGUGUUUUACUGCUCAGUACAACACUUGCAUUGUGUUAUGAAAAUAAUGGCUUUGGGCUAGGCAAUCUUUCUUUCCUAAAAGUUGUGGAUCAAUAGUUAAAACCACAAUGAAGUGUAUUUUCUCUCUUUGCCAAAGUGAAUGCACUGUUCUUUUCAAAUUUUAACUAAUCUUUUGAAAUUUUAAAUGCUGUGCAAAAUUGCAGUUAAAAUGCCAUAAACCAAGCUCACUGUGAUUUUCUUCUUGUAAAAAAUUUUAAAAUAACUUUAAAACAGUAAGCAGAUUAUGCUGAUGGUAGGAAAAUGUUUAAAAAAAUAAGCAUAAAAAGAAAAUAAAAAUCAACUCUUACCUCAUCAUCCAGAAAUAACUAUCCACUCUUAACUUUUGGGUUGCUGUAUAUUAUUAACUGAGAAUUUAAACAUUGUUUCGUGGUCAAGUAUAAGAAUCUAAACAAAGUACUUUUUCUCAAAACAUCUUUAAGUGCUCAAAAAAUGUUUCCUAAUAUGCAGCCCUUCUACUUGAGGAUAGCUGGAGACAUAUGUGUAUCAGUUAGAUCUCCCUAAAACCCAGAGAAUAUUUGAGUAAUGAGCUCCUUCCUAUAGUCUGGGCUGCUUUGGUUUUGCCUUCCUACUGCUGAGAUAAAAGGACAUUGUGUUGGGGCACCUGGGUGGCUCAGUCGGUUGAACCUGCGACUUCCGCUCAGGUCAUCAGGUCAUGAUCUGACAGUCGGUGAGUUGGAGACUUGCAUCAGGCUCGCUGCUGUCAGCUCAGAGCCUUGAACCUGCUUAGGAUUCUGUGUGUCUCUUUCUCUCUCUCUGCCCCCCUCCUUGUGUUCUCUCUCUCUCUCUCUCAAAAGAUAAAUAAAAAUAAACAUUUUUUUAAAAAAGGACAUUGUAUUCUCCUUCUAGAAAUUAAGAAACUGAGACCUGUAUAGCCAAAUCUCGUGACACAAUUGGAUGUUUUUACAAAGUAAGGAAAUCACAAAACUAUGUUUUCAUUUCUAACUCUGACAUUCAACUCCCCAGUGGUUUGUAACAAUACACUCUCUGUUCAUCUGUGGUGCUGGUCUUAUUACUACUACAGUCUGUAUCUGAAAUCCAUCUACUACAUUCUGGGCACUUAAACUGUGUCAAAGCCUUGUGCAUGGCAUUUAAACAUUUUAACACAUUUGUUGCAGGAAACCUAUGAGUGUGGACAGUACACUUCAUCACCAUUUUGCAGAUAAAGAAACUAAAGCUCAGUGGAAUCAGGUAAACAUGUCCUAAGUCACAGACAGCUAAGGAGGGUGGUGUUACUGGAUUCAAACUUAGGCUGCUUAGCACGAAGGCAGUCACAUCAAACUGUACUGGUAGUCAAUGUAUUCUUCACCACCAGGAACUCCCCAGGUAUUUUUGUUCGUUUGGUUUUUGGUUUUGCGAUGUGUGCAUGUGUGUGUGUGUGUGUGUGUGUGUGUGUGUGUAUGUGUGUGUCACUAGAAGAAUGUCCAUUGAUGAAGUGGUGAAAAUCAUAUUAAGUCUCAGUCUUUGAAUACAUGCCUUUUCAAUACGGGUGGGUGUGAAAUGGGGAGACUACAUGAAGUGCUUUUGCAGCAUACUGGAGUGUGAUGGUGAUCUCAUGGUAAAGCACUUACCUGACUGAAUUGUGAACUUAAACUAGCUGCUUUUCCCGUGAAGCAUCUUUUUUUUUUUUUUUUUAAGAAAGACUGAAAAACGGUAGUUAUUCAGAUAUGGUAUUUGAAAUUAAACAAAAAAUGUGAAAAUGAACAAAAUGAGCCUCACUUCAAGAAAAACAAUUGACAAUAUUUGUUGCUGAUGAUAAAAUUCAAGCUUCCAAGCAAUUUUAAGAAACUUUUAUCCUCUACCAUGGGCACCAGUGGUGAUAUUAAUGAAUUUUACUUUUUGAUAUCGUGUAGUGAAAUGCGUUAACAUUUGGGAGAUAUGCAUAACUCAGUGAACCAAUAUUUUCCAAAUGAUGGAUGCAUGAUAUUACAAAAUCAUGAGUGGGGAAAAGACCCAUUUAAUGUGCAAAAUAAAGAUUUUAAUCUAACAGUACAAAAAUUCAUUGAUGUGAUUUCAGAUUCUACAUUGCAACUAACCUUUAAUAAACAGCUACUUGUCAAGUUUUGGUAUAAUAUUAAAAAAGAAUAUCAAAAUGAUCUAAAAAGAUAAUUUCAUUAAAUAAAAUUGAAAUCAUCUUAAAUUAAUGAAACAAAAUAGUCUUUUAAAAUAACCUUCCCUUUUUCAACUAAAUAUCUGGAUUUUCUGUGAGGCUGGACUUUUCUUUUCAUAUAUUCAAUCAACAUAACACACAGUAACAGACUGAAUGCACAAGCUGAUAAUGAGAAUUGUGCUGUAUUUUAUAAAGGCAGUCCUUAGAGACUUAUAAAAAUAUAAACCAGGACCACUCUUCAACAUAUGUAUUUUGUUUUGUGAAAAUAGAUAUUUUUCAUAAAAUGUUAUUGUGUUAAUAUGUGGUAGGUUUAUUAUUUUUAAAUGAGUUAAUAAAUAUUUUUAAGUUUCUGUUUUAAAUUCCAGUAUGAUAAAUCUGGAUAAAUUCAACCCACAUAAACAAAAGCCCUUUGAAGUUCUUAAUAAUUUUUAAGAGUAUAAAGAGUUCUGAGACCAAAAAGUUUGAGAGUUCCUAUUCUAGAACAUGUAUGUUUUUAGACUUCAUCAAUAGAUAUUCAAGUUGUUUGCAGUAGUUGCCAUUAUAAAUAAAGAUGAAGUAAACAGCCUUGUUCAUGUACCCUUACAUACUGACACUUUUACUUUAAUGGGAUAGCUUAUCAAGUUGCUAAGAAAAAAGGCAUGUUUAUUUUUUCAGUAUAUUUGUAGUAGUUACUAUUUAAUUGAUAUAUACUUAUAGUUAUUUAAAAUGUAUCUAUAUAAUUUACAUGGAGAAACAAAAAAGAAAAAUGAGACCUACUCUCUUCACUUAAAUAAAUCCCAUAGUCAGGAUGGGUGAAAAAUAUAUGUAUCAAGUUAGGAAAUGCAAAUAAUCCAGAGAAGUGUGAAAUAAAACAAAACUUCAUUGCCUUCCAUUUGGUUCUAAAGUAAUAGUAUAACCCUUAUUAAGAGUUUCUUAUAAUUUCUGCCAGAAAAGAAAUGUUAAGAUUGAAUUUAUAUAGUAUAGCUACAAAUAUAGAUAGCUUGCUCUAUAUCUGUGUCUAUCUCUCAUCUAUCUACCUACCUAUCUGCCUAUUAAUCUAUCUAUAGCAGAGAUUUUUAGCUGUCCUCCAAAAUUUCUCCUCUUCCUUUUGGUCACACAGCUAGACUACAUCUCGGUCUCCUUUGCAGGUAUAUGUGGUCACAUGACUAAUUUUGGCCAAUUAAAUGUGAGUAGUAGUGAUAUGUGCCACUCCAAGACUAGCCCUUAAAAUCAUUCAUACUAUUCCUCAACUUAGCAAGUAAUAGCCUUUGAGUUAUUUUAUGUAUUUACAUUUAAAAUUUUUUUCAUUUUAUUUUCUUUUUUUUUGAGAAAGUAUGCAAGCAGGGGAGAGGGAGAGAGAGAAUCCACCCAGCAUGGAGCCCCACAUGGGGCCAAUCUUGUGAUCAUGAUCAUGAGAUCAUGACCUAAGCUGAAAUCAAGAGUCAGGCGCUUAACCAAAUGAACCACCCAGGCACCCAGUUGUUUGAUGUUUGAUUCCUUUUUUUUUUUACAGGAAUUAACCUACUCUAAUACAAUACCUAUUGAGCUUAUCAUACUAUUUAAAAAAGUUUUUUUAAUGUUUAUUUACUUUUGAGAGACACACAGAGCGCAAGCAGGGGAGGGGCAGAGAGAGAGGGAGACACAGAAUCUGAAGCAGGCUCCAGGCUCUGGGCUGUCAGCACAGAGCCCGACACAGGGCUAGAACCCACAAACCGUGAGAUCAUGACCUGACCCUUAACUAAGCCACCCAGGUGCCCCUAUCAUACUAUUUUACACAGAAAGUGACUACCAUACUACUUCCAUCCUGUUGUUGUAUGUAAUAUAUCUUGGAGAUAUUUCAGUAACAUUUUGGUAUGUGUAUUUUAAAUUUAAAAACAUAUAUGAAGAGGGCCACGUGGGUGGUUCAGUCAGUUAAGCGUCCAACUUCGGCUCAGGUCAUGAUCUCGCAGUUUGUGGGUUCCAGCCCCGCAUCAGGCUCUGUGCUGACAGUUCAGAGCCUGGAGCCUGCUUUGGAUUCUGUGUCUCCCUCUCUCUCUCUGUUCCUCCCCCGCUCACACUCUG